AUGUACGCACACAAAGAUCGCGCCGAAGAUUGGUGGCCUGCGAUAGCUCAUCCUCGAACACUUCCAUUUCACGAUGUUUCGUUAGACAGCGAUAAACUGACUGUCAGCCACACUAUCGAGGCUCUUGACGAAGAAAUUUUGGCCCUCCGGCAACUGACAUCGGCGAUUUCCGCCCGUAGGAACAGGCUGGCUGGUAUUCAUAAGCUCCCUGCAGAGCUGCUGGAACGCUGCUUUUGGUGGCUGUCUCUCAUGAACCCACCGGAAGCGACUGUGCAGAAACCGCCAGGGUGGAGUUUGGUCGAGCCAACUUGGAUAAGUUAUAGUGAACUACCUCGGCAGCGUCACAUAGGAUGGAUCAAGGUCACUCAUGUCUGCCGGCAUUGGCGAGCUAUAUCCGUCAAUGACAGCACCCUAUGGAAUGCUCCUUCCUCUGAUCUAGGCUAUCACUGGGACGUUGAGAUGUCCUCCCGCGCUCAAUGCGUACCCCUCAUCAUCUCUCACACGAUCGCUAUCUACGAGGAUUUGCGUUAUGCAGAGCAAAUGUUUCCUAUGCGUAUACCGCACACAAAAGACCUCUUUAUUCGGACUACGAAGGAGCUUAUGGGCGAAGUCUUGGAAAGCGCAUUCUCUCUAUCCGCUCCCUUGUUGUCGAGACUCGAUUUAUGCGAGCUCGGCUAUGACGAGGAGCCACUCCCGGACCCCGAGCUUGUCGAAACGCUUGAGGUCGAACACGAUGCUUGCAUUCCACCCAUUGUAUUCGGGCAUAACCGACUAGAGCACCUCAGACUACAGGGCAUCCCGUUGCCUCGAGCUCUUACAUCAUUUAGCAAUCUUGCCAGCCUCUCUUUGACCGAAUCUGUUCGCUUCGAUGGCGAUGAGGAGCUUGAUCUGUCUCCUUCAGACAUACAUAGUAUACUCCAAGGCCUUCCAAAGCUGCGGGAGCUACUCCUUCACCGCUGUUUUUCAAUCCACACUUAUCCCACACCGGUCGGGAUCAAGUCCGUAUCUCUGAACGAACUUGUAACCCUUGACAUCGAAGACAGAUCCCACGCUGUUCGUGAUCUUUUAGUUGGGCUGGUCCUUCCACCUUCAUCUUCCGUAUUUCUGCACAUGUGGAUCAAAAACGAAAACCUUCACCUCGAGGACGAGCACCCCAUUACCUCUAUUUUUGGCGGUCCCUUGGCGGGCCAUUCCUUAUCCGCCACAAACAUAUGCACAGUGAUGAUAGAUCCCGAUUUCCCGUCGAGAGGGGCCUAUUCGGCCGCCAAAAUAACAGCGUGGCCAGUCAACCUUCUCCUUCAUGGGCCCCUCGACAUCUCCAGCAUUACCUAUCGCCCUUACAUGUCUCUGUCGUGGAAUUGUCAUCAUACAUCCAUUGACCCCCCGAGAUCCGUGCUUCCUCAGCUACUCGCUAAAUGGGACACGAGUCAUGUCCAAGCUCUGAUACUACGUCGCGGUUCACUAUCACACAGCUCAGGAUUUGUAUUUCCUGACGCAUUUCCGAACGUUCAGCAAUUUCACCUCGAUGAUUUGGAUCUUUGUUUACUUGGUCCUCCCCCAUAUCACGACGCGCUCCGGACCGUGCUCUUGGGUCGGGAUGCGGAGGGGGCCUUGGGACAUGCUCCGGUUGUGUUUCAAAAAUUGGCGUCUAUAUCGUUGCGCUGCACCGACCUUACAUUGCUCUGGGAGCCGAAUCUACUCCUGUGGCGUCGUGAAUUGCUCUGUCUUCUCAGAGACCGAAGAUCACGUCAGGACCAUCCCACUUCACUCAAUUCGCUGCACUUUGUGGCAUAUGAGACAGUGGUCGAUGUAAGCUUCGCGGAGGAACUGAGAGAGAUUGUUCCCGUUGUGCGGUGGGAUCCCUAGGCCUAGGUGGCGGGCGAGCUUUGAUGAACGAAAAGGCGAGCCAUGGUGU